CCUCACCACCACAUCAUCCAACAUCAAUCUGAAUCUCUAUAUAUCUCCUCCCUAAUCACCCAAUUGCCCAUGAAUUGAAACAUACACCACACCACCCAGCCACUCUUACCUAAACAAACCCUCAAUCCAUCAUGGCUCCCACCACCCCUUCCACAGCCUCCCCUCUCUCUACCUCCCUCCACGCCACAGCCCUCGAAUUCCUGCACUCCUGCGACUGCGACCCGAGUCAGCCCACGCGCCUCAACCAUGCGCGCAUCCACGCCAUCCGCGCCCCGGGCUACACGCACACCUUCGGCCCCAGCUACUUCGUCUCCGUCACGCCGCCGCUGCAGGGCACGCUCUCCACGGACGGCUUCAUCGCGCAUAUGGAGAGGAUGCUGCCGAUGCUGGAGAGCUGGGACACGACGGUAACGGAUGUGUGCGUUGAUGAGGCGAGGAGGAGUGUGGUGGUGAGGGCGAGGUAUGGGAUGAGGGUUAAAGGGGCGGAGGUGGAGGUGCAGAAUGAUAUUGUGUGGUGGUUGUGGAUGGCGGAGGAUGAGGGGGUGGUGAAGGUGGAGAGGAGUGUGGAGUUUGUGGAUGGGGUGGCGAGCGGGCGGCUGAAGGAGGUUAUGGGGGAGAUGAAGGCGAAGGCGAAGGAGGAGGCGUAGGUGGAAGUGUGGGGAGAUGGAUAGGUGGAGGUUUUUGGGGGGUGGAAGCGCGCCCUCUUUUGGUUGGGGAUGGACUUCGCAACGUAUUUUAUCCGGUUCGGUUUGCGUAUGCAGUCUACGGCCCGUGAUGUGGGGAGGAAACGUCUGAGGUUUUAUUUUAUGGCGUUGACCUAAGCUUACCUGCUAUCCUAGCCUCCUUCAGUGCGCCCGCUGUACAAGUAUAUAAAAGCCCUCGCUUCCGAC